GCCAAUAGCCAUGUUUUUAAAAGGAAUAAACCAAUGAAUGUAAACCAUAAAGAGCGAACUAAAGAAAAUUAUUACGCUACCCAUCUAGGUAUAUUCAUCUCAACAAGCAGUGUCAACAUUGAAGUGGGAGAAGCAGCCAAAUUAAAUAAAAAUAACAAUGCAAUUAAUUUUUUUUUGUGUAACUGUUACGGCCACUUACGCUUCCGAUGUAUGUUUAAGAAACA